GCGUGCGCAAUAGUAGAAGGGGUGGGGACAGCGCCCACGUGCUCGGCCCCCGAACCCAGUUCUGCCGGAAGAGAGCAGAGUGGGUUGGCUCCUCAGCACCCUCGAGAUUCUGCCUUCGUCCACGAGAGAAUGACUGCCAUGUUCCAGACCUCGGUGACCUUCCAGGAUGUGUCCGUGGAGUUCACUCGGGAGGAGUGGAGGCGCCUGGAGCCGGCCCAGAGGGCCCUGUACCGGGAUGUGAUGCUAGAGAACUAUCAGAACCUGGUCUCUGUGGGGGUCCCUGUCUCCAAUCUGGAUAUUCUCUUCUUGUUGGAGAGAAAAGCGGCAGCUUGGAGGCCUAGAGAAGAAGGCCCCACGAGCCUUUGUCCAGAUUUUUGGAGUCAGGAGACCAAGUUUAAGCUACAGAACUUAAGUCUGACACAGCAUAGUUGCCUAGAAGCGUCAUCCAAGAAAAGAGUGCCAGAACACCAGCAUGAGCAAUCCAAGAGGAGAGAAGCCAAGGAACGUGGUGUUCAUGUUGUAAAAAAGACGAGCACCCUGAUGAGUCGGUCCAGAACCAUCACUCGUAGGAAAGUUUUUAAGAGGACUGUGCCUCUUUGUAGUACUUUGGGGAGAAAUCUGAAUUUGGGUCUGGGUUUUCAUGCCUUAUGGAGAGGAGUUAUGAGAGAAAACCUCCAUAAACUUAGAAAAAACUUUAGGGAUUUUCCAAACUCACUAGCAUGUAAGAAAUCCUCCUUAGGGAAGAUCUUUACUACCUCUAGCACAUACAGGAAACCCUUUUGUUACCACUCAGACCUAGUUAAAUUUCAUAGGGUGCGUUUUGGGGAAAAGUUACAAGAAGCCGAUGAAUGUGGAAACGCUUUUGGCAGAAGGUCAAAAGUCGCUGGACAGCUAAGAAUUUGUAUGGGGAAAAAAUAUAAAUGUAAUAAUUAUGGGAAAGCCUUUUUGGGAAGUUUGACUAAACAGAAGGGAGUUAAUAUUCAGAUUAAGCCUUUUAAAAGUAAUGAGCGUAGGAAAUCCUUGAGGCAAAGAGGAGGUCUUCUCACCCAUCAGAGAACUCAUAAGGUGGAAAAACAAUUUGAAUGUAGUGAAUGCAGGGAAAGCUUCAGCCAAAAAGCAGACCUCCUUCGACAUCAGGGCACUCACGCGGCAGGAAAGCUUUUUGAAUGUAAUGAAUGUGAGAGGGGCUUCAAUCGGAAGGAAAACCUUCUUGCCCAUCAGAGAACUCACAGUGGAGUAAAACCCUUUGAAUGCAGUGAGUGCGGAAAAGGCUUCAGCCGGAAGGGGAACCUCAUCUCCCAUCAGAGAACUCACACCCGAGACAAACCCUUUGCAUGUGAGGAAUGUGGCAAAGGUUUUAGCUGGAAGGCGAACCUCGUCACCCACCAGAGGAUCCACACUGGAGCCAAGCCCUUCGAGUGCAAGAAGUGUGGGAAAGCCUUCAGCCAGAGGGGCCGCUUUAUUGACCACCAGAGAAUCCACACUGGGGAAAAGCCUUUUGAGUGCAACGAGUGUGGGAAAGAUUUCACCCGGAGGGAAAACCUUGUUUCCCACCAGAGAACUCACACGAGGGUGAAGCCCUUUGUGUGUCCCGAGUGUGGGGUGGACUUCAGCUGGCGUUCAGGCCUGAUCACCCACCAGAGGACCCACACAGGUGUGAAGCCCUUUGAGUGCACCGAGUGUGGGAAGGGCUUUCGGCAGAGGGGCCACCUGGUCACCCACCAGAGAACGCACUCUGAGGUGAAGCCCUACGGGUGCACCGAGUGCGGGAAAGCCUUCCGUGACAAGGGCCACCUCCUCAAACACCAGGUCACCCACACUGGGGCAAAGCCCUUUGCCUGCAGCGAGUGUGGAAAGGCCUUCAGCUACCGGAGCUACCUGGCCGAUCAUCAGAGGAUUCACACCGGAGAGAAACCCUUUGAGUGUGAGGAAUGUGGAAAGUGUUUUAACCGCAAGGGAAAUCUCAUUUAUCACCAGAGGAUUCACACUGGAGAGAAACCCUUUGACUGCAGUGAAUGUGGUAAAUCCUUUAUCACAAAGCGAACUCUUACUGGACAUCAGAGAACUCACACUGGAGUCAAACCCUUUGAAUGUAGUGAAUGCGGGAAAUCCUUCAGUAAGAAACAAAGCCUUAUUAAACAUCAGAAAAAUCAUCCUGGAGUCAAAGCCUUUUGAAUGUAAAAUGUGGGAGAAGUUUCAAGCCGAGGGUAUAAUUCUUAUCAAAAAGCUAACAGAAUUUGAAGUCAAUGGAUGUAGAAAAGGCCUAAGUUAGAAGGGGUGCUUUUCAUAGACAUUUAAGAACUCCAAUCAGGAUACUUUGAAGGUUUUAAAUAUUUCCAAGGACAGGGCGUACCAGAGUAGUGGAGUAAUUGGAGAAGGACUAAACAAAUGGUGACAUAAAUAAAAUGGAACAUUAUGGCAUUGUUGAGUAGGAAAGAAUUUAAAGAAAUAGAGGAAAACUUGUGAACUGAUACAUAAUGAAGUAAACAGGAAAACACCCUACUCAAGGGAUUGAAGGAGUCCUACCAAACUCCUUUUAUGACACAGAUAUGGUACUGAUACCUAAACCAGGUAGGCUGAAAACAGAGAAAGAAAAUUAUAG